GUCGGUCGAUUACUCUCGUUCGUGUGUUGAAAGAUAGUGCGUGUGCCUUUCAUCCUGCUCCAUCGAAGAAUUUUCCGGGAUUUCGGAUUUAUGUGCGGAACGUUAGUUUUGUUGGGCCACAGCUUAUAAAAUUUACCUAUCGGCCUAGUUGUUAACUUUUGUGGAAGUCGAGGUUUCUCAGAUUUUUUUGUUUUUCGAGAAACGAAAAAUUGCUUUGGUGGAGAGGAAAAACGUUAUCGGCAAGAGUUCUGUCAAAUUUUAAAUUUGCCGAGCCAAACUGCCAGGAGAGGAAAAAAAACAAGACGGCGAGAAGAAAACAACGACUGUUUUGUGUCUCGGCUAAGAAGAAAGAUCAAGAAGCAAGAAUAAGAAACGAAUUAGUCGUUUGGUUCAAGUUUUUUGCGGAAGUGAACCUGAAUUAUAUUUCUUGGAGUGUUUGCUGGUUUUGCCCUUGAACAGGUUUGAAUUGGCAAUCUUCCUUUAAAAUGAGUUCCGCUAAGCCAGAUGAUAAAGCUAGUGAUAUACCGGAAAAAUUGUACGAUGCAACUUCGAAGAAAACAUACAAGCGGUUGCGGUUCUUUGGCAAGGGUGGAUUUGCAAAAUGUUACGAGAUUAUGGAUGUUGUCACCGCAGAGGUAUUCGCCGGGAAAAUCGUUUCCAAAAAGCUAAUGAUGAAGCACAACCAGAAGGAAAAGAUGACCCAGGAAAUUCGGAUCCACCAAUCGCUGCACCAUAGGAACAUUGUCGGCUUUCAUAGCUUCUUCGAUGACCCGUUGAACAUUUACAUCGUGCUGGAGCUGUGCAAAAAGCGGUCCAUGAUGGAAUUGCACAAACGUCGUAAAAUCAUCACCGAUUACGAGUGUCGAUACUACAUCCACCAAGUUCUGACCGGUGUUAAGUACUUGCACGAUAGACACAUCAUCCAUCGAGAUUUGAAAUUAGGAAAUCUGUUCCUGAACGACGAUCUUCACGUAAAGAUAGGAGAUUUUGGAUUGGCUACCAAAAUCGAAUUCGAGGGCGAGCGAAAGAAAACACUGUGUGGAACUCCAAACUAUAUAGCGCCAGAGAUAUUGAACAAAAAGGGUCACAGCUAUGAGGUCGAUGUAUGGUCGAUCGGUUGUGUUAUGUACACACUUUUGGUAGGCCAACCUCCAUUUGAAACUAAAAGUCUGAAAGAUACUUACACUAAGAUUAGAAAAUGUGACUAUCGGCUUCCGGCAACUCUUCGAUCGAGUGCUGCCGAGAUGAUUUGCUCAAUGCUUCAAUCGGAUCCGAUUAAACGGCCAAGUGUGACUCAACUGUUCGACUUCGAAUUUAUCUCCAGCAGCCAUAUUCCGUCAUCCCUUCCGAUCUCUUGCCUCACGAUGGCUCCGCGUGCCGAUCAAUUGGAAAAUGCCGAUCGCAUGGGUAGGAAACCUCUUUCUGAAGUCAAUGAUGACACCCGACUGGAGUCUUCAUUCCUGAAAAACAAUCUACACGACGCUAUUACGGCAUCCGGUACCAUGCCACGGCACAACGAAGGCUACCGUACCGACAUUGAAAAUCUCUACAAACAGCUGAGCACAUUGAUUGCAUCAAAACCACCACGACUGGCUUGUAACUUGGACGACGAAAAUACUGAUCCGGCAGUACAGCCACUGUUCUGGGUAUCCAAAUGGGUGGACUACAGCGAUAAAUACGGUUUCGGGUAUCAACUAUGCGAUGAAGGCAUGGGUGUGAUGUUUAACGACACCACCAAGCUCAUCAUGCUUGCCAACGGACUCAAUGUUCACUUUAUCGAUAAAGAAGGCAUAGAAACUUACAUGGACAUACACAACUAUCCACCAAUGAUGGAGAAAAAGAUGAAGCUGUUAUCCUAUUUUAAACGCUACAUGACCGAACAUCUUGUUAAGGCCGGUGCCGGAGCCGUGAAUAUUGAAAGUGAUCAAAUCUCUCGAAUUCCGCAUUUGCACACCUGGUUCCGUACGAUGUGUGCAGUUGUUAUGCAUCUCACCAAUGGUACAGUACAGCUCAACUUUUCCGAUCAUCAGAAGAUCAUUCUCUGUCCAUUGAUGCGAGCCGUCACACUCAUGGAUAACAACAAAAAUUUCCGCACAUAUCGCUUUUCCACAAUUCAGGAGCACGGCUGCUCGAGUGAUCUCUACCAGAAAAUCCGUUACGCCCACGAAAAAUUGAAAAAACUACUCGAAAAGCUAACGUAGAUAAUGCAGGCGCAAUCAUGAUCAUUCCUCGUUACGAACUGCGGUGUCCACCGUUUGAAAGAUAUUGUAGAAGUUCCGCAAAAAUAACAACAACAACAACAAUAACAUUCACACUCAACGUUGUCAGCAAUUUCUCUUUUUUUUUGUUUGUUUUCCUCUUUAUAUAUAUUUUUGAAAGUUAAUAAUAUUGGUGCAAAGUUCUGAUUGGAAUGAGUAUUUUUGGUAUGAAAAGAAAACAACAUAGGAUACUCCAAUGCGAUCAUAUUUGUUGUAUCAAGAGGAAGAAACAAAAGAGCUUUUAGUUUUCUUUUCGAACGUGCCAAUGACUCACAUAUUUGCAAACUCAUUAUUUUUUAAAGAUUCCACUACUUUCCUUAGUAAUAAACCAUAGUUUUGUAACGAAAAAUAAUUCCAGUUUGAAUUCCGUUGGAAGAAUUAACUCAGUCUGGGUACGGACUUGGAAUCACAAAAGUGGGAUAAACUUCAGUAUUCGAACGGGUUUUUGUGCGAAAAUUAAGAACCUUUGUGCCUUCAGAAUUUGACAGGUCAUCAACAAUGCUAGUAACAGUGGGACCGCAAAGCUGUGCGCAAUUCAACAGUAUGCAGAACAAUAACAAUAUGACCAGAAAAGGCCGAACUUUACAUCUAAGCUGAUAUAUUGUUGCUAAGAAGUGGAACUUGAUUCAUGAAAGGUACAAAGUUUAAAAAAGAUACUUGAUUCAUUAAAAAAUCACCUGUUGAGUAUGGAACCAGUUGAUAAAUAGCUAUAUGGACAACAUAUUUUACAUUCAGCAUUGAAGACAGGCGGUUGAUUAGAAUAAAAUAAUUGAUUUUUUUAUAGAAAAAAAA